UAUUUUGUAAACCUAAAACAUGGAAAUGAGCAAAAUCAAAAUGCAUUGUCAAAUAUAAGACCUAGAUCUAGAUCUAGAGAUCUAGAUUUUAGAUCUACAUACUAACAAUAAGAUACUGUCAUCUGGUCACUAGUGUAACAUUGAUCUAAUACAUACAUGGUUAAUACGUUUGAUCUGUUACAUGCCAAAUUAGCUGCUGAUCGAUACAAAUUAAGAUGUUUUGUUUAAAAGGAAGCAAUGAAGUUUAUCCAGCUUUGUUGUUGGCCAGAAAAGUUUCCAAGCUUCGUCAUGUCAGGUGUAAAAGGCACUGCACUCUUUACAAAAAUAACUCGGAUCAGAAAAACUUUUCAGCCUCUGAACCAAAUCAAAGAACAUUUCUUAAACAAAGCUACUCUACUUGCCAACAUGUAACAAAAUGGGAACAACCCAAAGGUUAUGAUACUGGAAUAAAAGUAUAUAAUGCCCUUGUUAAGGAUAAAGUCCCCUUGGUUUUACGCAAUGAAAAAAUAGCCCACUGGUAUGCCUGUGGACCCACAGUAUAUGACACAUCACACAUUGGACAUGCAAGCUCCUACAUUCGUUUGGACAUCAUUAGAAGAAUCUUGUCUGAUGCUUUUGACAUUGAGAUUGUGUUGGUCAUGGGCGUCACCGACAUUGAUGACAAAAUUAUCCACAGAUCCAUUGAGACCGGACAUAGCAUGGACACAAUAACCAAGUUGUACGAAGAAGAAUUUUUCACCAGUAUGAGAAAACUAGGUGUUAUCCCACCAACUUUCAUCAAACGAGUUACGCAGCACAUUGAUCCAAUCAUUCAGUUUAUCAAAACUUUAGAGAAGAAAGGUCUAGCCUACAGAACAGCAGAUGGCAGUGUAUAUUUUGAUGUCAAGCAAUAUGGUAAACAUGGAGUCUUUGCCAGUCAUCCUGAUCAAGGUCCAGAUAAUGAAAGUGGGAAAAAAAGCAACCAAGAUUUUGCACUUUGGAAAGCUUGCAAGCCUAAAGAACCUUUUUGGGAAUCACCUUGGGGAAAAGGAAGGCCAGGCUGGCAUAUAGAAUGUUCUGCUAUGGCCAGUGGUAUAUUUGGUUCUAACUUUGACAUUCACUCUGGAGGGGAGGACCUUCUUUUCCCACAUCAUGAAAAUGAAUUAGCCCAGUCAUGUGGUUACUACGGCAACACUCAGUGGGUGAACUAUUGGAUACAUACAGGCCAUUUAUAUUUGUCAGGACAGGAUGACAAAAUGUCAAAGUCACUGAAAAAUGUUAUAUCUAUACCAGAGCUGUUGGACAAAUACACAUCCAAUCAAUUCCGCAUGCUUUGCUUGUUAACUCACUAUAGGAGAAAGCUUGAGUUCAAUAAUGAACGUAUGGAGAAGGCUGUGUCUAUUCUAAGCACUCUCCACAGUUUACUGAAUCGUUGUGAUUUGGUGGUGAAAGACCAGUUACAGUGCUCGAAGAUUUCAGAAGCAGAAUUAUAUGAAAAACUACAGUCCACCAAGGCGCUAAUAAAACAGUCUCUAGCUGAUGACUUUAACACACCUCAAGCUUUGGCCCAUUUAAUGCGUUUUAUCAAGUUCAUCAACCAAUACUUGGGUGAGAGCACAGCGUCCAUCAGCCAGGAGGGCGCAACAGUACAUGGUUAUGGGGCUUUAGUAUCAGCAACAGUAUUUAUAAGGAACUUACUGCAAAUGCUAGGCUUGGAAAUGUUAGACAAAGCUCAUGCUGGUCAAGAUUCAAGUGCCUCACAGUUACAGUUCCAUCAAGCUGUUGAGUCUGUGGUCACUGCUAGAAAUAUGUUGAGAGACUUUGCCAAAAACAAACCAUUCAUGAUUGAAACAGCUGGUAAACUUAAUAUCCCAGAAGACAAAGCCUUAGAACUAAUGAAAUCUCUCUACAAGCCUUUAUGGUCAAUGACAGACCAAAUGAGAAAAGAUCUUUUGACUAACUCCCAUGUUCAAUUACAGGAUAACGCCAAUGGAUCCACAUGGCAUGUCGUUGAAUCUAAAACAGUAACAAUUGAGAACAAAACAGAUCACAAAGAAAAAUCUGCCCAGUCUAAGAAAGUGCCUAAAGACAAGCAAAUCAAGCCUAGCAAAAAAUCCGACCAAGAAAAGUCCUGAUAAUGAGCUUUGUAUUAAUUAAUAAAUGAGUUCUUCCAUUUUGUGAUGUUGGCGCAUGCACUUAUUUUCAAGAGGAGUUGGAACUGUGAUACUGUCAACUGCAUAGUCUUAACUCUAUCAGUAAUUAAAAAGUCAAGCUCAAUUCUGGAUAUAUUUUACUAAUUGAGAGAUUAUUUUUUACAAUAAGAGUGAGCUGGCAGAGAAUAAAAAUAAGUAAAUUGCUAUUAUAUGUAUGUGCUUUAAACUCUCAUAAAGAGGUACCAGUAUUGUAGACAAAGAAAUGUAAUGUAUUAAUGACAUUUUUUUUUACAUGUUAUAAAAUAAAUUAUAUUAAAUUAAAGUGACUGUAAAUCUGA